UCUCCAAAUCCUCCAAUUUCAAUCUCUGCAAACUCUAGCUUUUAGCAUUUCUCCAAUUCACAGUUCUAAGAUCCUCCAAUGGCUCGCACCAAGCAAACAGCUCGCAAGUCCACUGGCGGCAAGGCGCCGAGGAAGCAGCUGGCGACGAAGGCCGCCCGCAAGUCGGCUCCGGCGACCGGCGGAGUGAAGAAGCCCCACAGAUUCAGGCCCGGAACCGUGGCUCUCCGUGAGAUCAGGAAGUACCAGAAGAGCACCGAGCUUCUCAUCAGGAAGCUUCCUUUCCAGAGACUCGUUCGUGAGAUCGCGCAGGACUUCAAGACCGAUCUCCGGUUCCAGAGCUCCGCCGUCGCCGCUCUUCAGGAGGCCGCUGAGGCCUACCUCGUCGGUCUCUUCGAGGACACAAAUCUCUGCGCCAUUCACGCCAAGAGAGUCACCAUCAUGCCUAAGGAUAUUCAGCUCGCCAGGCGUAUCAGAGGCGAGCGCGCUUGAGUUUGAUUUAGGGCUUUCUCUGUAUAGAAGCAGUUGGGAAUGGUGUGUGAUGUAUGAAACGUUGGAUCCAUGUUUGCAUCUAUUGCUGCUUUCUGUUUUUUCCUGUUUAGAGUAUCCAGUGGCUAUUUUACUGCUUUUUAGGAAUUAGAUUAGAUUUAGUAUAAAGUUUAAUGUAGGCGUUAACUAUUUCGUUGAUGAAAAAUCAUAUUUUUCAAUGUACUAUGAUUGUUAUUAUUAUUU